AUGGAGUAAGCAAUUUGCUCACGGUGUAUUUCCGAAAGAUUAAGCUAUUAAAAGGCAAAACAGAUCCGUUUUAUAUUACAAGAAAUAGUAACCGGAAAUAGUAAAACGUCUGCGGGCUAUGAAGUGAACAGAUGAAAUCGUAAUAUGAUGGUGUAAUGGAAUAGUAUCACUGGAUAGCAUACCACAAAGAAACAACACAUCGAACUCAUUCAAUAGUUGUUCGAAAUUUGUCCUUUUCAACGUCCAAAUGAGAUUAUGUGAGUACGAUGUCCGACGAUUCAGAAGAGGCUUGCUUGGUUAGACCCAGAUCACCUUCAUUGUCGGGUGCUCCAGCCGGCACAAUGCAGUACACGCACGGACUUACGGAUUCCCAUCUGCAAGCGCAUAAUAAUAACAACAACAGCAAUCACCAUUCCACCCACAGUCAGGGCUCCCACUCGACGGCACGGGGUUCCCAGUCGGAGUCUGGCGAGCUAAUUGAUUACAGUGACGAUGUUAUACUUAGCCAGUUCCACGCGGACGCGAUUAAACAAGCAGGUUUCGGAAAAUUCCAACUAAUUGCUUCCAUAAUAGCUGGACUAGGUCUAGCAGGUCAUGCCAUCCAAGUGUACGCGGUAUUCUACAUUAUUCCCUCGGCAGAAGUGGAGUACUGCAUUUUAGAUACAGAGAAAAGCUGGUUAGGCUCAAUAACACUUCUAGGGAUGGCUUUAGGGGCAUUACUAUGGGGAGGACUUGCUGGACGUGCGGGAAGGAGAAAGUCUCUCCUUAGUUGUCUUGGCGUUUGCGGUGUUUUCUCGGUGAUAGCCGCUUUUAUGCCAACUUACGGCCCUUUUAUGAUGGCCAGAUUUUGCGCUGCUGCAGGAAUUGGCGGAGCCCUGCCAACAGCUUCGGUGUAUUUAUGCGAGCUAACUCCGGUCAAUUUCAGAGCACGGAUCUUAGGUCUUUUGGGAGCCUUUGGAGUGGCCGGAGGGUUAGUGGCUGGAGCAAUUGCUACUAGUACGGUUCCUGGAACUGGGCAACAGGUGGUGCUUGAAAACAAGGAACAUUUUAGUGCUUGGCAUCGUUAUCUGCUACUUAGCACACUGCCAACAUUUGCUUCUAUUCUUGGUCUUUUUUGGUUACCUGAAUCUCCACGGUAUUUAUUGGAGAACUCUCGAGAAGUGGAAGCAUUAACCAUAUAUCAGAAAAUUUACCAAAACAAUCGAACACGAGGAGGAUACUCUCUGACUGAGCUUGAACUACCUGGCACAAGAACACAUCGGAAUCUUCCCACAUCAGUAUUACAAGAAAUGGCAACUAGUGUGGCUCUAUUUUUCGGCAGCUUCUUUCAACUGUUCAAUGUGGUCAACAUAAAAAGAACUUUACUACUGUUUGCUGCUUGGACUGCCACUAUUUUCAUAUAUCAUGGACUUACAAUUUAUAUAGCAGAGUACUCAAAAAGCACCGAAUCGGAAAACUAUUACCGAAACACGAUCAACAAAGACAACAUGUCCUUUGAGAACGCAGAUUUCAACAAGUCAAUAGAAAACAUUAUCUACACAAAUUGCCGCUUCGUUAACUGCACCUUCAGGAGAAUGUUCAUAAGCCACGUGACUUUCAAUAACUGUACUUUCCUCGACACUGAGUUCACAAAUGUGAAAACUAGUCGGACCCAGUUCAAAUUCAGCACGUUGGAAAAUAUUGGACUCAUUGACACGGAUUUGACUGAACGCCAUUUCGUUGAUUGUGUCACCCAUAACAUAACAACGAUACGAUUAUUCUCAACAUGUGAUCGAGACUUCGAAUACAACAUCUACUUGGACGCAUUGUGGGAAUCGCACUUUGGUGCAUUGCUGCCUGGUAUGGUAUUAAUGAUUUUAGUUGGCGAAGGGUGUCAUCGGUUUGGCCGAAGCAGAACAGCAACGCUGUGUUUCGGGUUUGCAAUCAGCUUGACCAUAACGUUUGCAUUCUUGUAUCAUGACCUUCAAGUGGUUUGGACAGCAGGUUCAGCACAAGGACUGAUGUUGGCAGGAAUUGCAGCGUUGACGUUGUUGGCGAUAGAAAGCUAUACCACAAAUUUGAGAUGCACAGCAGUUGGAUUUUUCGUCUGUGGUGGGCACAUCGGAGCCCUCAUGGGAGCUCCACUUUAUGCAGCAUUUCCGGUGACAUCUUCAAAAGUAGCAGCAAUAAUCUCGACUAUCUUUCUAAGUGUUCCCAUUUCAUCGGCCAUUAUACUUAAGGACCCCUGCCUGCUUCUAUGAGUAAAGCAACAAUCCUUUUCCAUGCAGCACCACGACCUUCAGAGGGCUAUCAAUGAUCGACUAAAUACGUAUAGCGAAAGUAUGUGUUUCAUAUGAAGCAUUGGCGAAGGAUUUGCGUUUGUGGCAAAUUGUGAUAUUAUCAUUAUUGUUAACUUUGUUUUAGUUAUUUCACUGGAUAUUGUUAUAGUGUAUUGCUUAUUGUAUUUGUUUGUUAUGAGCAUAUAUUUCGCAGUUGAUAAUCAGAGCAAUUGAUCCUUCCUAUGAAUGUAUGUAAAUCCAAGCUUGCGUGAAAAUAGCUUUUUAUAAACCUCUCCCGGUUAAUAGUAGUAUAAGAUUUGAAAAAGGCAAAUGAUAGAUCAUAAUGAUAGAAGAAACAAGACAAAAAUCGUUUAUUGACAAACAUAAUUUAUUAUGGGUAUACUCUCCUAGAUGUUGCAAACAUACGAUAUCUGAUUAUUAUGUUUGAUCUAAACAGCUUGGAUAUUUUUUUUUAGUAAUUUCUAAGCACGUCCGAAUAAUAAUAUUUUAAAUAUUUUAUUUUAUCUAUUUACUUUGACCAUCGUUUAAUCUGUAGUUUUUUUACAUGGAAUAUUUUUCUUAUAUUUGUACAUACUUUUACAUGAGAAGCUUUCAAUGAUAAUAAUCAUCAUGCAAUCUUGCAUUUAUCGAAAGGGCUUGUUCAGUUAAAUAUUCGAUAUUUAUCAAGCGUGUAAACUAAAAACCAAAAUGAAGUGAACGACAUCGAUUACAAGCAAUUUUUGGAAUAUAAUAGGCAUCAUAAUCAAAUUAUCAACCAGAAAUGUAAUUAAAUUAGUGCAGUCCAAAGUCCAAACAAAAAGUUUUUUCUGCUUAGUUUCGUUAGAAUGAAAAAUUUGCAAGGGAGCCGAGAAAAUCUUUCGAUUACCUUAAAAAUCUUAACAAUAAAGUUCAACUACUAAACCAUGCAGCUCCAGAAAUCCUAUUUAGGACUACAACUCACUACUACUAAAACUCCUAUGGAAUCUCUUGUAAACCAAAGAUAUUUUAUAGACCUUGAAAAAGGUUAUCCUCGCAUUAAAAAACCUAUCAACAAAAUCUACAAUCACUUCGGUAGUCAAGUCCUUAGUAGCUCCGUGUAUUUAUUAGAAAUUAGUUUCAAAUUGCAAGAUAUCCUUCAAACUCACAGCACUCGCUUUGAGAGUUCAGUAUCAAUGUGAUAUCACAACAGAAUGCCCUUAAGCUUUAUGUUUAUUUUAUUUUAAUAGUAUUGUUUUUCCUCAUUAGUAAUGUAAAACAGAUCAAUUUAUAGAUUCAUUCAUUCACUUCCCAGUUCAUAUAUGCUGCUCAAAUCCACAGGUCUGAUACUCACUACGAAAAACGCUAGAUUAUAACACAUGCAUGUCAUUUUCAUACAUAUCUUUUUCAUAAAAGUAAGCCAUAUGACGAAAAUAAAAAAACGGCGGCUUUGAUAGUGCGUAUUUCUAUUAUUGUCAGAAAUGUUGAACUUGUCUCAAUAAUUAUUUCAAAAGCAUUUCAUGCACGAAACGUUUUCGAAAGAAUUCUGUUGGGCUGUAAUGAAGACAAACACUGUCCAUGGUCAUUUUUUUUUUCAAAUAGGCGUAACCAAUAUUAUAACGAAACUACUGAACCACUGUGUUACGAAAAUGGUGCAAAGCGAUCACUUUAAAUUAGAAAAGAUAGUAAAAAGGGCUAAUUUUAUGGAUACCCGUUCUUGUAAUGGACCAUAUUGUCACGCUCCGUAUCAUUCUGGAGCAGGUCAGUUCCAAGAGUCCCUUUACUUGGUAUUCAUUGACUACGAAAAAGCUUUCGACCGCCUCAAUCACGAGAAUAUGUGGGGCGCCCUGAGACGCAAGGGGGUUCCUGAGAAAAUCGAGGCACAGUACGAGGCCUUUUCAUGUAGAGUGCUGCACAAUGGAGUCUUGUCCGACUGUAUCCGGGUCGUAGCUGGUGUGAGGCAAGGAUGUAUUCUAUCACCGUUACUGUUCCUCAUCGUAAUCGACGAGAUUCUGGUAGGUGCGAUUGACCGUGAACCAAACCGCGGGCUGUUAAGGUAGCCUAUAACGACCUAAACGACUUCGAAUUGGCUGAUGACAUUGCACUCCUCGCUGAGCGGCGCCUAAUAUGCAGAGUAAGUUCAACAACCUUGCCGAGCGCUCCUCUUCGGCAGGCUUAGUCAUCAACGUCAACAAAACCAAAUCGUUGGAUGUAAACACGGUGACCCCUUUCAGUUUCACAGUAGCCGGACAACCAGUGGAGAAUGUUGAAAGCUUCCAAUAUAUUGGUAGCCAAAUGGCGUCAAACAGCGGUACCAAGAUCGACGUAGGCGCAUGGAUCAAGAAAGCAAGGGCUACCUUUGCGAGUUUAGGAAAUAUCUGGAAAAACAGGCACAUAAGUGAACGCACCAAAAUACGAAUUUUCAACUCUAACGUGAAAUCUGUGCUGUUAUACGCUAGCGAAACAUGGUGUGCAUCAGUGGAGAGCACUCAGGGGCUGCAGGUGUUCAUCAACAGAUGCCUGUGGUAUAUAAUUCGGGCCUGGUGGCCUCACAACUGGAUCUCAAACAACGAGCUCCAUCGUCGUUGUCACCAGAGGCCGAUAGCAACAGAAAUUUGGGAUCGGAAGUGGGGCUGGGUCGGCCACACUCUACGUAGGAGCGGAAACGAAAUCUGUAAACAAGCAUUAGACUGGAAUCCAGCAGGACAUCGCAGCAGAGGCAGAUAGCUGGACAACGCUCAGGAUGGAGAUCUUUCAAGUCGUCCCCUCGCACCACCGGAGGUGUACAGGAUCCAUAAGUAAGUUAAUAAGUUCUAGUAAUAAAAAUACGCUUCUAUAUUGGCCAUAUUGACUGAAUUAUUGUUCCUUUUUGUUCUACAUUGCAAAUUUAUAUAUAUUUGCAAAUUAGUUUUUGUUUUAGGUACGUUUAAUAUGAUUAUAUGUACGACUUUUAUUUCAGUAACAUAUGUUUCGGCCAAACAUGUCACAAAACCGAUUGAACUAUUUCGAUUUUUGGUUCAUAUUUUUAAGACCGGUGGCAUUUACAUCAUAAUAUGUGCCAUAGUAUUGGCUUCAAACGACAAAUAUUCGAAGUUCUGAUAAACAUUAUACUGGCCCAGCCUUGUAUUGAGAGAAAAAGUUAUCGACCCCCUAUAAAUUGGCUUUUGAGUGAGAAUUUUUCACUGAAAAUUUCACCUCAAUCCGCUGUUCCGUAAGUUGGCGCAUUUGAUGUGAAAUUUAUCAAAAAAAUGGGAUAAUACUACAAAAACUACAUACUUUUGCCAGAAGAAUAGCUUGGCAUAGAUUUUAUUUUAAGUUUUUCCAAUCUUAUAAUAAUGGAUACACGCCAAUUUGAAAAAAAUAUGUAUUUGGGACAUAUCGCAACGCUGUAAAAUUAAAAAAAAAUCAUACCCUCCCUCCUGCUUCGGUUAGUAGUAAGCACCGAAAAAAUAGUAUUGAUUAAACAAGGAGCACAUAAUUUUAUGUUUUUGUCAGUUCUCAUAUUUACGAGACAGCAUUAAUUUAAUGGUAUAAAUUGUAUGAAAUUUAUAAACAAGCAGUAUUGGGAAAUGAAUAAAUAACUUGAAAUAGCGUUAGACGCUACAAGCCAGUUUUAAAGUCUCCAAGCAGAGUUUUAGCGUGUAAAACAUAUUUUCAAUCUUUAAAUAAUUAUGUUAAAAAGAACAAUUUGACGCGAAAAUACUUUGCUUCGAUAAAGAAAACAUAGCUUAAUAGUAGUAAAGAAAUAGUUGAGCAAAACAACAAUUGAGAUUAUGAUUAGGCACGUAAUGACUGAAUUCAAUAUCCAAAAUCACAAUGCGAUUGAAAAUAUAAUCAUAAUCAAAGAGCAAAGAUGAUAUUAAAUUUAAAAAAUCUGGUGAAAUCAUGACAUGUAAAUGCAUUGUUUAGGAUAAGCUAGUUAUAGACAGUAUGGAAUAAGAAGCUUUAUAAUGUAACACAGGAAUGUUGUUUAAUAAAGUUGAUCGAUUACUACA